GCAUAUCUAGUGAUUGGUGAUUGGACAAUAUUGUGAACUGAUACCUACCAAGUCGCAUGGUCGAGUGAACAUAAGCGCAGCGGCAUGCGCAGCCUUUGACAACUGCCAAUCUAUUCGAGCGUAGCGAGCUAGAUGCUUUUGGUCGCUGGCCCCUCGCGGGCUGCGUGGCGCAGCGCCAGCGUUCUGCGAUGUCAACACCAAUCCGUCCCCGCCGGGCGCAGAAACAACUCCAGCAGCGACUCGAGCUUCCGUCACAAAGGACGAAGUAUGGCGAGAGUAUCGGUUGAGCUGGACACGAGCCGGAUGUCACUGCCAAUGGCUGCUUAUAUAGCGCAACUGAUGCGGGCUCCGUCGCGCACCUCGAGAGCGACCGAUCGUUCAGUAAGUUGCAGUGGGCAAGUUCGUUCUUAUGCUACAGUAGCUCCUCCUUCGGGCACAUCCUGUCGCAAGCGCUCAAAGUCCCCGCCAGCACCGUUGGAGAAAUCCGCCUGGGAGGAACGCACGAUCUCGGGCUCAGCAUCGGCGUCUCUUGCCACAAGGUACGCCUCCAAAGACGACCCCUCUUUAUCACAGUCUUCAUCACGAACGCUCAAGCCGGAUGAUGGCUGUUGCGAGGAAGGCGUACCCGUUCCAAAUGAACGAGGGGAGCGCGCCGCUAGCGAUAGGAAACUGCGCGAUGAAGCUGCCGCCACCGAUCCAAGACCGUUUUACAAAAAAUAUCCACCGCCUUCCAAAGCACCCGAGCCGAUCAUCUUUGACCAGCCGGCCAUACCCAACCCUGGGAAGACAGCUGAAGCGCAUCAGCGGUUCAAAAAGGGGAUCCUUGUGGCUGGAGGUGCUGCCGCAGUCCUCUUACUUCUUGGAGUGGGCUUCUAUGCGAUGGGAGCAUUCGAACACCUGCACCUCGAGGCUACGUCUGGCUUGCUCGAGAAUAGCCAAGAUGUGAACGUCGUCGCCUUACGAACGCAACGGCGCAUUGCCGAACAUGCGGUGGCAUGUGGUAAUGAGCUGGUGUUGGACAAUGGGGCAGUUCAUGGGCUUUCAUUGUCGAGACAGGAAAGGGAAGCGCAAAUCCGUGCCGAGCAGAAGCAAGCUGCACGAGGCAGUUAUGCACUCUUGACGCUUCAGCGAUCUUCUACCAUUGCCAAAGCGGUCUUGCUAUGUCUUUGGGACUAUCGCAAGACGCUUAACAAGAAAUGUGCGACCAAGCAGGAGGAGGUGGAGGGGCUGCGGCAAUGCCAUCUGCGAAGCGCGAAGAGGAUCCUCCUGGCGCUGCAGAAAAACGGCGGUGUGUACGUCAAGCUAGGACAGCACGCCUCUUCCAUCUUACUCUUGCCGAUCGAGUGGACAGAGACAUUGAAGCCAUUGCAAGACCAGAACAAGCCCACGCCAUUGCCUGAGCUGGAAGCAAUGUUCAGAGAGGAGACAGGUAUGAGCUUUGACGAGGCAUUCAGCGAGAUCGACGCAAACCCGAUAGGUGUCGCCAGUCUGGCACAAGUGCAUCGAGCGCGUGACAGAAAGACUGGCGUGCCUCUCGCAGUCAAGAUGAUGCAUCCAGACGUCGAGCGCUUUUGCGAGGUAGAUAUCCGGACGGUGAACAAUCUGACGGCCCUUGUCAAGCGGGUCUUUCCUCAAUUCGAAUUUAGUUGGCUCGCGGAAGAAAUGGACGCUAACUUACCCCUGGAAAUGGACUUUCGACACGAAGCCGAAAACUCGCGACGCGCAGCUGAAGACUUUAGCAGGUAUCGAAAGACUGCUGUAUAUCUCCCCAAAAUCCCUUGGGCAUACAAGCGAGUCGUGGCAAUGGAGUUCAUUGAUGGGCGACGACCUGACGACUUGCAAUACCUUGCUGAACAUAAGAUCGACCGGAACCGCGUGAGCCAAGAACUGAGUAGGUGUUUCAACCAGAUGUUAUAUAUGCACGGCUUCUUCCACGCGGACCCACAUGGCGGCAACGUACUAAUCCGCCCGGCACCAAAAGGCUCGCGCUCGCCUUACAACUUUGAAGUUGUCCUGCUCGACCAUGGACUCUACUUUGACAUCGAUCGAGAGUUGCGCAUCAACUACGCGCGCUUUUGGCUCAGUCUCCUCAGUUCCAGCACACCAAAGGUCCAGGCCGAGCGACGAAAGUACGCAAAGCUCGUCGCCGACAUCGACGAUGACCUCUAUCCGAUCCUGGAAUCUGCUGUCACUGGGCGCUCAGGCCUGGCAGGCAGCGACCCAAACAACCCGAAUGGUGUGAAAGGGCGUCACCGCGCGAGCAGUCUCCUCGACAUAGAUGGCGGUGCUGAAAUGACCGAGGAGGAGCAGGAGCACAUCCGCAAGACUGUUCUCGAGAAGGAGGGCCUCUUUACUUCUGUACUUGAGCUCCUACGACGCGUGCCAAGGCGCAUGCUAAUGGUUCUAAAGCUCAACGACCUGACGCGCUCACUCGACGCAAGCCUGCAUACGACACAUGGACCAGUCCGGCCCUUCCUGAUUGCUGCGCGCUACUGCGCCCUCAGCAUUUGGGAAGACGACAAGGAUCGACUCAGGCAGGAACGCGAGAAACAUGGCUGGAGUUUCUCCUGGUUCUGCAAGUAUCUUUCCUGCUGGUACAACUACACAUACUUUUACCGCGGCUUCGGACUGCUGGAGGCCAUCUCCGACAUUACGUCUCUCACCCGCAAGGAAACGUUGUACACCAAGCCCCUCUUAACUGGUGUAUCCCACAAUGCCUCCAAAGCUGCUAGCUGCGUUGAAGCGCAGGAAGCGACGAAGGAAAAACAAGACCGUGAUCGUGUUUGAGUGCAAAAGGCGCAUUAGAGAAAAAUGCCCACAGUACGAACAUGUAGAUA